AGGGGAUGUCAUACAGGCGGAGAGUCAGUCGCAGUUAAGGAAGUACAAUUUACGGCCAAAGGCAUCGAUCCAAACGAAGAAACGAAACUCUUACAGAAUCUAGGGGACCAUAACAACCUCGUGAAGUUGUUUGAUUUCUUUACGAUAGAAACAUCAGUGUGGAUUGUCAUGGAAUACUGUGAUAAAGGUGACCUUCUUCAAUACUUCAAGAAAAACAAAGGAAAUAUAGAUGUCGCUCUAAAAGUCGAUUUUAUGUAUCAAAUGUCGCUUGGUGUGGCACAUUUACAUGAUGCAAGACUUGUACAUCGCGAUCUAAAACCUGGAAAUAUCUUGCUCAAAACUAAGGAUAACAAACUUGUCAUAAAGGUAA